AUGAUCGAGGUCCUCCUUGAUGAGUCGGUCCCACCACAGCAAAAACGACAGAAAGCACAACAAAAACGACACAAAGCACAACAAAAACGACACAAAGCACAACAAAAACGACACAAAGCACAACAAACGACACAAAGCACAACAAAAACGACACAAAGCACAACAAACGACACAAAGCACAACAAAAACGACACAAAGCACAACAAAAACGACACAAAGCACAACAAAAACGACACAAAACACAACAAAAACGACACAAAGCACAACAAAAACGACACAAAGCACAACAAAAACGACACAAAGCACAACAAAAACGACACAAAGCACAACAAAAACGACACAAAGCACAACAAAAACGACACAAAGCACAACAAACGACACAAAGCACAACAAAAACGACACAAAGCACAACAAAAACGACACAAAGCACAACAAAAACGACACAAAGCACAACAAAAACGACACAAAGCACAACAAAAACGACUCAAAACACAACAAAAACGACACAAAGCACAACAAAAACGACACAAAACACAACAAAAACGACACAAAGCACAACAAAAACGACACAAAGCACAACAAAAACGACACAAAGCACAACAAAAACGACACAAAGCACAACCAAAACGACACAAAGCACAACCAAAACGACACAAAGCACAACAAAAACGACACAAAGCACAACAAAAACGACACAAAACACAACAAAAACGACACAAAGCACAACAAAAACGACACAAAGCACAACAAAAACGACACAAAGCACAACAAAAACGACACAAAACACAACAAACGACACAAAACACAACAAACGACACAAAGCACAACAAACGGCACAAAACACAACAAACGACACAAAGCACAACAAACGACACAAAGCACAACAAACGACUCAAAGCACAACAAAAACGACACAAAGCACAACAAUCAUUUCGACAAACAUAA